AUGUCGUACAGCCGCAGCCGGCUGAAACCGGCGGGUGGCGGCGGCCCCUUGCUGCUGCUGCUACUGCUGUCGUCCUCCCUCGCGCUCCUGGGCUCCUCCGCGGGUGCUUCCGCCCAGCAGCUGCCCCUAGCACGCAAGUCGGGCUCGGAGGUGGAGCUGACACCUGUACCGGACCCUAAUGACCCAAACAUUAACAGCACCGGCGCCACCAGGGCUACGGAGAUCGACAUGAAUGACGUCACAGUCCUGGAUGGCGAUGAGCUCAAGUGGGGCAAGGAGAAUGAGAAAAUGAAGAAGGAAAAGGAGAAAAUAAAAGUUGUGGUCGUUAAAGAGGCCGCCACCACCAUAACACCCUCGUCCACUGCCACCGCAGCCCCCAUCCCCACCACCGCCUUGACCACGGCCUUCACCACCACGGCCAUCGCCACUGCCCCCUUCACCACCGCCGCGCCGGCCAAGGCCGCCCUCACCGCCACCCCCCUCGCCGCAGCCUCCGUCGCCGCCCCCACCAUCCCCACCGCCGCCCUCGCCACCUCCGCCGUCGCCACCUCGCCCUCUGCCGCCGUCACCUUCGCCGCCAUCGCCACGGCCCCCGUCUCCCCCUCCUCCACCGCCGCCUCUACCGCCUUCACCCCCACCACCUUCACCUCCCCCCCCCUCGCCACCGCCUCCUCGACCUCCCUCUCCUUCACCUCCCUCGCCGUCGCCGCCGCCACCGUCUCCACGUCCCCCCUCACCGAGGCCGCCAUCCCCUUCACCUCCUUCCCCGCCAUCGCCACGGCCGCCGGCGCCGCCAUCCCCCCGGCCACCUCGUCCUCCGCCGCCUUCGCCGCCCCCUCCCUCUCCACCGCCUCCUGCACCCCCGCCUCCGUCGCCCCCACCUCCGUCACCACCACCGCCCUUUCCACCACCGCCUUCACCACAGCCACCAUCAACUCCACCGCUCCCAGCACCGCCACCAUCGCCCUCGCCGCCGCAACCAUCGCCUCCAAGAAGCCGCCCCCGUCCCCACCGCCGCCAUCCCCGCCACCUCCGCCCCCCGUCAAGGAGUUCCAGGCGUACAAGAUCGAGAAGAAAAAGAAGCUGUACAUCUUCUCCACAAGGAAGUACACCUACGACGAGGCUGAGAUCUUCUGCUUGUCCAAGGGCUACGUACUCGUACCGUACGAGAAAUUAGACAAACUCAUACACAAAGAGGCGACGAUUCCACUCUGCUACGAGAGCGGUCGCGGCUGCUGGGUCAACGGCAAAGAAGGCGGCUACUGCGCUUACGUCGAUCCAGACGGCAACGGCAGCUCCUACGCACGCUACUGCAAUGAAAAGCAGUACGCGCUGUGUUACGGUAAAUUGCCGUAA